GUAAACACAACAGACGAGAAGAAGCGCUGCAGUGUUACAUAAGUUGUUACUCGCUGAGUAUUUUAAGCAAACGAUGUAAUAUAACGGAGCUGAUUGAACUACGUAUCAUUUUGUUUAUAACUUAUUCGCGUGUCGAUAAACAGAUAACAGCUAACGGUUAUGGAUCUUUUGAUAGCUGCUAGCUAGAGUUAGCUAAACGGCUAGUCCCAGUUUGUGACAUUUUAACAUCAACUCGCCAUCAGCAGCAGCAGCUAUGCCUCAAGAGGAAGAGCAGUCUCUGCCCCUGGUCCGCUCCCUCAACACUCGGAUAGUCGUCAAUCCUGUGUUUUGUAACCGCAGUCCCCGUGUAGUGCGACCGCUGUGGAUAGACUUCCGCGGGGCUCCUCGGGCAUACCCCGAUCUACAGCCAGGGACUGGACGGAAGAUGACUACAUACGUCGGUCACCCAUGGAUGUUCAGAGAUGUAGAGACUGAUGAGCUACUGUUGGUGAACUGCAAAGAGUUGUUUCUUCCCAAGCCAUCAGAGAGUGGAAAUCAUACAUAUGCCAAUGUCACUUUACCAGUUUACAGCCUCAAGGAUCGUGCGCUUCAGGUUAUUCGGAGUCUGGUGCGACCACAGCACUACAGGAGUUUGGAAAUAGCACGGUGUCUAAUUGAGGAGCUGGAAGAUGGGCCCAGUGUGUUGAAAGAUCUCCAUCGCAUGAACCAGCGAGUAGAGCAGCAUCUGCUAGAGAGGAUCCAAGGCCAGGAGGAAUGAGGCAUGAAACUCGAUGGAAAAUGAUCACUCUUGGGCAUCUAUGCUGUCUUGCACAUGGUUAUAAAGAAGAUAAGUCAGAAAUGUUGAACUUGAUUCUUGGAUGAGUCAGCAGCUGCUGUAGAGACUUUCCCACAUAACUUUAAUUUGCAGCAAAAGACUCUCAGUUUGAUCUGCUGCCUGUUUGUUAUUUUCACUUGUUGGCUUUAGCAAACGUCAUGGUUUCUCAACGUUAAAAAACUGUAUGUAGUUUAAAUCAGAGUAUGUAGCAGGAAGAGGGAUUUUGAUAUAAUGUGACAAAAUAUCUUCUAUAAAAUAUUUUUGUGUGUCCUUGAUUAUAAAAUGUUACUAAGGAUUACAAGUACCUAAAUGUCCUGAAGAAAUUAUAUUCUUGAUGUAAUUUAUACAAUGUUUUAGCUUCAGUCCUAAAUAUCACAAUUUAUGAAACUAAAUAAAAUACAUUUGAUAGGAGAUACAUAUAUGCUCCUGAUACGAUUAAAUAACUACUUCAGUUAUCUGCACACAUUCCUCUCAAAGAAUCUUAGUUAUCUUUGCUUGUAGGCAUAAUAGUUUAACCAAGACUGAAUUGUGUAUCAUCUGCACCUGAGAAAAGACUGAGUGGCUGUAGGAGCAUUAUCCAGUGUAGUUUUUUUCUGGUGAAUGCAGACUACAAGUCAGAACAUGCCGCCACAAAUGGGUGGUGAACCAUAGUGGCUCACGUUGCCAGUUGAUUUUCAAUGAGCUAUGAAACACGGCUAUGGCUGAGGAGCUCAUGCUGACAAAGUUAGUAUCAUCUUUGUCUUUGCCUAAUUUUUUUUUUUCCUCUUUCAUUUUUCUGUCACUUUGUUUAAAUUUCAUACAUUGCUACUGUGUCUUAAAGACAUUCACUGUUUAUUUGUGUAAUCAAUAAAGUACAUAUAUAUUUCUUA